CUCUCAUUUGGCUAUGCUCACCGGAAAUGCGAAACUGACGAUUUCAAAGCGGAGUGAUCUUCUGUUCUAAUCUCCAUUUUUUCUUUUAUAUUUCUCGGGAGGCAAUGUCUCCGGCGAUGGGGAAAUGCGAAAAAAACCGAAUUUCUGUUCGGAUCCGUCAAAUAUUUAAGCAGUGGCGGAGGAAGGAGCACGCUGAUUCCGCCUAUCCUGCAUUCUCCUCCGCCAUGGCGCCACCAUCGGAUGUUCCGCCGGGACACGUGGCGGUCUGCGUCGGAAUGAGCCGCCGGAGAUUUGUGGUCCGAUUGACGCAUCUGAGCCAUCCGAUCUUCCGGCGGCUUCUCAUGGAGGCGGAGGAGGAGUACGGGUUCGCUCAGGUGGGCCCGCUCGCAAUCCCAUGUGAUGAGUGUCUGUUCGAGGAGAUUCUGCGAUUUGUGACUCGUCCCAAGUCCGCCUGUCUAGGUGAGCGGACGACGCUGGAGGAUCUCCGGAGAUGCUCCCAUGUCGGGUUGGCGAAGAGGGUCGAGUACUUCGGCGAAUCUCAGCCGUUGCUUCCUGGCAUUGCGGACAAAUCCGUGUUCUGAGGCUGACUCGGAGAAGCCGACUCAGUCACCGACCAACAAAAAGCUUCGAUUAGUGGAGAUAUUUGGUGUGAUUAGAGGGUUUUUAGCUAAUUAUGAUUAAAGCUUGACUGAGAGGAGAUGGCGAUUAGGAUUGUAUUUUUUUUUAAAUGCCGAGUCAUCCCGAGUUGAGUCGGAGGUUUUGUUUUGGAAAGCCUCUGUUUAUGAUUCUUAUUUCUUACAUUGUAAAUUCAAUUUUUCUUGGUUAACUAAAUGGAAUAAAUUCGAAUAUACCCUUUCUUUCUUGUA